AUGAUCGAGGUGGUUUGUAACGAUCGCCUGGGCAAGAAAGUCCGGGUAAAGUGCAACUCUGAGGACACCAUUGGAGAUCUGAAGAAGCUCAUCGCAGCCCAGACGGGUACGCGGUAUGACAAAAUAGUCCUAAAGAAAUGGUACACCAUAUUCAAGGACCAUGUGUCACUUGGAGACUAUGAGAUCCAUGACGGAAUGAACUUGGAGUUGUACUACCAGUGA